GAUAAUUAAAUAAAUAAAUAAAUGAAAGAAAGAAAACGGGGCUAGCGUCGCGGUGCUUUUGAAAGACAGCUGCUAAUACUAGCUUAUCUGCAGCAUCACCUGUUGGGAUGCAGGGAGCGUCAACGAUGUAACGGACAUCUCAUUUAAAACGGUCAAAUAAAACCUGCCCGGUCUUCUUCUGUCUGCGGUUACAGGGUCGCUGUGUUUCCCGGUAAUAACAGUGUAACAUCUGCAUUUGGGCCAGCACUUUGAUUGGAGUCAUCCUGCAUGUGCUGCACGUUGUUUCUAUUAUUAAAUCAUUACAUCCUUCAGUAUCAUGACUGUCCUGGCUAACGGUGUAGCUGCAGGUCAUUUCUACAGUAUCCACGGUAAAGUGCGGGUAUACACCUAACAGGCUAUAUAAUUAGCCAUAAAUAAAAGGGGCCAAUUAGGAUAAAUAACACUACUGCUCCUUUGUUAAAAUGUUGCGUUUACUGUAAAAUUAUCUGCGAUGACACAUAAAGUGACAAAGUGAUUUCUGAUAUUUGUUCAAAAAUAUUUUCUUGUAUUUAAACUGUUGUAAAUGAGCUGUUAGCCUAUAAUGUGUCCCAAUUUUGGCCUACUAUGUAAAAUGAAAUUGACAUCUUUUAUAUUACAGAUCCUUAAUAAUUAUAGAGUCCUAAUUGCUCAAGUGGCUAUCACUGUUUUGUUUGUUUGUUUAUUAUUACAAAUUAGUAAUUAAUAUAAAAGACAUUAAAUAAAAGUUUACAGUUUUCUCUCUGCAGUGACAAACAUUUUUGCUACUUGAGUUGACACAAAUGAGGGAUUUUGCUAAAAUAAUUCACUAAAUUCAUGGAAAUGAUUUGAUAAAUAUCUUAUCAAAUUUUAAACAUGUAAAAUAAGGUUCUGCUGUUGUUUGUGUCCAAGUAUUACCUAUUACUUAAAAUAUACACACACAUAAGUAAAAUAUUUAGGAGAAACCAGUGUUUAAGUAUGAAUAUUAUUGUUUAUAUUAUUAUACAAUAUUAAAAUAUUGCACAGAUCAGUGCAUUUCUUUAAUUUGACUGUACUGUAAAGUCUUAUGUUGAAAGUUUACUCUCUCACCCAGCUCCUUAGUGGAGUCCAAGGAGCAGCCCUCAACAAAGCCAGGGCUCCUCACAAGUUUUUUUUUAGUAGUUUUUCUCUGAGUUCCUCCAUCCCCAGCAGACCACAGCAUAGAAGAUUAAAGAGCUACCACAGUGUCCCAGAAGGUCCUUAACGGCAUCCUGAACACAACAAAGGGCCUCAGACGAUUUUAGCCUUUCUUAUACAAUACAUCUAUAUUAUGAGACCAAUCCACUUUGCUUUUAAGAUUAACAUGCAAGUAUUUGUAGGCUGACACAGUCUUAAUCUCCAGGCCUUGAAUGUUUACUGGUGUAAACUGUGUCACCUUGCAGAGGAAGUCAGUCACCAUUGUCUUGCUGGAGUUUAUUCAAAAACAGCUUUUUGCACACCAUUCAGUGAAAUUGGUAAUAACCUCCCUGUAUUCCAAGUUGUCCCCUUCUGAUAUAUACCCAACAACAACAACUGUCCAUGUUGUAUCUGAAGUCCAGUUUGUAAAGGAUUAAAAGGAACAGGGAAAGUACUCUACAUUGUGGAGCCCCAGUGUUGUAUACCACUACAUUAGACACACUGUCACAAAGUCGAAAGCACGGUGUUUUUCUUUAUGAGAUAGUCUCUGAUCUAUGCAGUCAGGUGGCAGCAGGGUAUCGGGUUCAGGCUUUUUCCCCUAAACUAAUAUUAGCAAAACUUAACUAACAGAAGAAAAACUGUCUGGCUGAUGGAUGUAAAUGAGAGCGAUAAAAUGAGCAGCUCAUUCUCUGCCUUCUCUGGAUUUUAUGCAUGCAGGUUAGAUGAUAUGCAUCUGCAGUCUGUAUCUGCACUCUGUGUGACACUGGGACUGCUCCAAUCACAGGCAGUGGUUUCAAAAACUCUCAGUUAAUCAGUUUGCACCUUGCUAUAUGCUUAUCAAGAUAACCCAAUCAGUUUUUUUCUUUUCAACAUCCCCACAUAGUUUACCCCUUCAUAGUGGUGAUUUCAGUCAUGUGCACUGUACUGUUUCUCUCUUUGUUUUUUUUCUUUCUCUCUAGGCCUGACGCAUCCCCCACUUCCCCUUUCCCUUGUGGUGAGAAGGCAUCGAGACGAUGUUUUACGCACACUUUGUCCUCAGCAAACGUGGGCCGCUGGCUAAAAUCUGGCUGGCGGCCCACUGGGACAAGAAGCUGACCAAGGCACAUGUUUUUGAGUGCAAUUUGGAGAGCAGCGUGGAGAGCAUCAUCUCACCCAAGGUAAAAAUGGCUUUACGGACUUCAGGGCAUCUGCUGCUGGGGGUGGUGCGAAUCUACCACAGGAAGGCCAAAUACCUUCUGGCAGACUGUAACGAGGCCUUCAUCAAGAUCAAGAUGGCAUUUAGACCAGGUGUGGUGGAUCUUCCAGAGGAGAACAGAGAAGCAGCGUACAAUGCUAUCACUCUGCCCGAGGAGUUUCAUGAUUUUGACCAGCCACUGCCAGACUUAGAUGACAUUGAUGUGGCUCAGCAGUUCAACUUGAACCAGAGCAGAGUGGAGGAGAUCACCAUGAGAGAGGAGGUGGGCAACCUCAACCUGCUGCAGGACAAUGAUUUCGCCGACUUUGGGAUGGAUGACCGGGAAAUGAUGCGAGAGGAGAGCGCGUUUGAGGUAGACAUUAUGGGAGCAUCAGCUUCGAACUUGCUACUGGAGGCUGAGGGUGGUGCUAACCAGAUGGCCGAUAAGUCCAACCAUUUGGAAUAUGAUGACCAGUACAAGGAUGACUUUGGAGACAACCCCAUGGAGAGCAAUGAGGGAGGAAUGCUGGUGGACAAGCUGCUGAGUAACGAGGAUGGAGGCGGCAUCUUUGACGACCCUCCUGCCAUCACAGAGAGUGUGAUGAUGCCUCAGGACCAUGGAGACGAUGACGAUGACUUUGAUGCUCUCUCAGCGGGAGCCCCAGAUAGUCCGGACUCAGGCCCAACAGAGCCACUACCAGCUAUGACUGAUCAGGCAGAGCAAACUACUCUGGUCCACAACGAGGAAGAAACCUUCGCCCUGGAGCCCAUCGACAUCACAGUGAAGGAGACCAAGGCAAAGCGUAAGAGGAAGCUGAUUGUAGACAGCGUGAAGGAGCUGGAUAGUAAAACUAUUCGUGCACAGCUUUCUGAUUACUCCGACAUUGUCACAACCCUGGAUCUGGCUCCGCCCACAAAGAAACUGAUGAUGUGGAAGGAGACGGGAGGAGUCGAGAAGCUUUUCUCCCUUCCAGCUCAACCUCUAUGGAACUCCAGACUGCUCAAGAUGUUUACAAGAUGCCUGACACCAUUAGUCCCAGACGAACUGAGGAAGAGGAGGAAAGGUGGAGAAGCCGACAGUCUGGAUGAGUUUCUCAAAGAUCUGGAGAACCCCGAAGUGCCAAGAGAGGAAACAACAGGCCACCAACAGAGAGACAUCAUGGACCAGACCAUCAUGGAAGAGGCCAGCGUGCUGCAGACUUCAGCUGUAGAGGGGAGCAGGACAACCCUGGAUGAGUCGGUCAUGCCACCUCCAUCCUCCCAACGAGGCCUGAAACGCAAGGCCCAGGACACAGAGCCAGCCCUCCCUAUGGGGGCCUUGGACCAACAGCAGCAGCAGCAACAGCAACAGCAGGGGUCGAGACCAUCUAAUGCACCCCAACAGCUCGAGGCAUCCACUGUGGAGGUACCCCCGGAGGAAACAACCACCACCAACAUCAGCCAGCUGAUAGAACUGGACCUGCUCACCGACAAGGACAAGAAGAAGAAUGAUGAUGACUCUGAUGAAGAGGAGGAGGAGGCGCAGGGAGGAGACCAGGACCAGGAGGAGAGGAGGUGGAACAAAAGAACCCAGCAAAUGCUUCAUGGUCUCCAGAGGGUGAUGGCUAAAACCGGUGCCCAGUCGGUCAGCCUGCUGGAUCUGUGCAGGAACAACAACAGGAAGCAGGCAGCUGCCAAGUUCUACAGCUUUCUGGUCUUGAAGAAGCAGCAGGCAGUGGAGCUCGUCCAGGAGGAGCCUUACAGUGAUAUCAUCGCUACGCCGGGGCCUCGCUUCCACAUCGUCUAAAAAACCCAUUCAUUUUAAUCUUUUAAAGAAACAAACUGCUCGGAGGUCAGUACUUUUAGUCAGCAGCACUAUCUGUUAGUUUAACACAAGUCUUAUUUAAGUAUGCUGAGAUUGUUUUGUUUGUGAAAUGGUUUCAUUUUUGCAUCAUUUAGAUGUGAAGCAGUGGUGGUUCAGUGGAAGUGGGUCUGACUAACGUAGUUGGAACUCAAGCAAUGAACAUAUUUAUUAUUUACUCACUUUAUAUCCCAAUCACUAUAAAGGAUCACCUGCAUCUCAUUGCUUGCUGGCGUCUCACCAAAGUGAUGGAGUCCAGUGUAAUGAUCUGUUUACAGUCAGUCAAACAUGUUACUUCCAUUUUUCUCACUACUUCAGGUGAAGGUUUACUUCUGAAGUCUCUCACCAUCAUAUUAGGAAGAAGGAGCAUGCACUGUUUCCAAGAGUACAUUUAAACAGUUAUUAUAGUAGUUCUCUACAGACUCAACCAGCAGCUAAUCAUUAUGCAGCUGUAGAGUAGCACUUUAAGUAUUACAGACUCUAAGUUGUUGUUGCUGUUGCUGUCAGUAAAAAAAAAAAAAAAAUAGGCAUGACCCAAAUCCACACAACAUACUAAUUUCUAAGCAGGAUUUGAGGAUUGUGCAAACUUAAAAAUAGUGAUGGCUACCAGCCUCCUGACACAAAUCCUCUGGAAGGAUUUGUGUCAGGAGGGUCAUGACGGAAACAUUAAAAGUGAGCAUCAUUUAUGCACCGUUAAUUUAUGGCUGCUCUCUUACUCAAGGUGUGUUCUUACCGGCAUUGGGAAAGACAGUAAAAGUGACAAAACAGUGAUUAAACUUCAUUGCUUAUUGUCAAAGGUCUAUUUAAACAAUUUAAAUUGUGUUAAUUUUCAGUAAAUUUUUAAAAAAAAUCUGUGGCAUCAAUUUGAAAAUCUUAUAUCGUCUUUUUCUCAUGUUCACGCUGUCUGAGGCCCGCCUGCCUGACCAGGGGAUAACAAUACCCCAUCAACCUUCAGGUUGAGGGGUAAAAAUCACCUGUUUUUUCAGCGCACGUGAUUAUGCACACUUUUCCUGAUUCAGAUUUAAAAUUCUGAUAAAACAGGCCUGGGAACACCUUUAACAACUCCUGCUGCUUCCUCUCUAAACUUGUAAGGAAUUAAGUUUUCUCCAUCAUUGCCUGUUAGUAUAAAAUAUGAAAAAUUGAGACAUUUCAUCACGUUGUCUUGGACCUUGUUACUAUGUGCUGUGGAUUUGGGACACAGCUUAAUAAAACCUAGCUUCGGGACCUCAGCCUAUAGAUAAAAACAUAAGUGGUCUGCUAUACUUGCAUGCUAUCCUGAAAUAUUUGAAUCAAGUCCAAUUUGUGUGAAAUGUCUUUUCAUUGCCAUGUUACUUUUUUUCAAAUCCUUAAAAUAACUUGAGGUCAGAUUCACUUUACUCAGUGUCCUUAUUGUAUAUGGAUACAGUGAUGCACUGUCUUGUUUAUUAAGACAAUUAAGUUGUUGUGCUCUGUGUCACUUUUGAUAGUAUUAAUUUAUUGUUGUAUUGCUGUAUAGCAGCUAAAGAGAAUGAAUUGGUUUUUUUUAUUUAAAAGCAGAUUUCAUUAUUAAUCUCUAGAAUGGCUGGAUGACAGGAUCAGAUGGAAACUGGAUGGACUUUUGUUGCUGUAAGUCAUCAUGGUAUGAGAAAAUACUGCAGCUUAAAUUUAAUCUGCACGAAAUAUCAACCGUGGAAACAAGUUAGUGUGUCCAGAGACAGCUAAAUGCAUUUUUUUGAUAUCCCCUUCCAUCUAAAAUAAAAAAGAAAAAGGGUAAACUGUUUAAUGUCUGAGUGCAUCUUAUAUUUUAAACUAUGUGCCUGUAAUGAAACCUGCUUUUUUGAUUUUGUAUAAAAGAAAUCAUAAAGAUGUUGUCUGAGAACAGUUUCAUUCCCUUACCUGUAAGGUUUUUCAAAAUAAAACAAAUACCACUACAAAA